CAAAACAAUAAUGAGAGCGUCCUCGGGCUCAGGCUCGGGCUGGGGCUCAGGCUCAGGCUCAAUGCGGCCCAGCUGCUGGCCAAUCCAAUUUCUCUCCGCGGCGUCGUUUUCACUUCUAACCAUUUCCCCCCCACUUUGACCGACAUUCCUCUUCCUUAUUCGGAUCUCAUCGUCCUCCUCUUCACUUUUCCCUCCGCCCUUCCGCCGCCUCCACCACCGCCUCCACCACCGCCUCCUCCCCCUUUCUAACCGCCGCCCACCGACGGAAGACCGCGGAGGCUUUCGAGCAUCCUCGGCGCAUAUCAUCUCACUCAAUCUUUGAUAUCUGUGCGAUCUGGCGAUAGAUCCGAGGAUCUGAAGCUUUUUCGCCUAAUAAACUAGAGUCUCGAUUCCCGUCUACAUCUUUAUUUGGUUGUUGAUGAUCCCAUAGCUUUGACUGAACUCGAAUUCGGAAAAUCGGUGAUUGUUCCGAAGCUCGCAGCUACAACUUAUCCCACAUUUUAAUUCUGAAGAGAGGGUUGUGAAGUGAGCAGAGGAUUUAUUGUUAUUGGCGGAGUGACUGGAAGCUAGGACAAUGUGGGGGGGUUGGAUUUGAUCACAUAUAGCACUUGAUGAAGAGGUAUACGAACGUUGCAUUGGCGAGCCACGCAUGUUUCAUAAUCUAGGGUGGUUCAUUGGUCUAAAUUAUCAAGUGCGAUCGGUGAAGAGGCCACCUGAUGCAAAGCCACGUCUGGCCAAAGUUAAGCCGGUGGCUAUGUUGGACACUCUACAGGAAAUUGCUAUUUACAUUCAUAGGUUUCACAAUCUCGACCUUUUCCAGCAAGGAUGGUACCAAAUUAAACUUACCAUGAGAUGGGAAGACAGCGAGUAUACUUCCGUUGGAACACCAGCUAGAGUUGUUCAGUAUGAAGCACCGGAUCUGGGAUCUGGUAAUAGUUAUGGAGUAUGGAAGAUUGAUGAUACAGACAACAGUUUCUCUACACAGCCUUUCAAGAUCAAGUAUGCAAGGCAGGAUAUACUUCUGUCCAUUAUGAUCUCAUUCAAUUUCCCCCUUGUGAAGUAUGAGGCUCCAUCUGCUUCUGCCGUUAUUUUGAAGUUUGAGCUUAUGUAUGCUCCAACAUUGGAGGCUGGACCAGAAUUGCAGGCCUCUUUGGAUGCUUCUCCUGCUGCAGUACAUGAAUUUCGGAUUCCUCCUAAAGCUUUACUAGGAUUACAUUCGUAUUGUCCAGUACAUUUUGAUGCAUUCCACGCUGUGCUUGUUGAUGUAAGCGUUCACAUUUGCUUACUACGCUCUUAUCCUCCGGGAAAAAGAUCCAGUGAUCCACGCAAGGAAAAUCUUGCUGCUAGACUUUUUGAUCCACAAAAUCAGGUAUACAACUGAUUUUUCAACAGUUAUUAUUUUUUGGGUCCUUACCCUUGCCUGAAGGUCAAUGUGAUUUUGUUGAAGUGUACAUGGCA